GCAGCUCGUAUUGUACAUGCUGUCAGUCAAGAUGAGUAGAUUGCCUCGACACCAUCCAGUGCUCCCUGCCCAUGGAGAACCGGAGGGUGGCCCUGCACGAGCUGUCCGAGGCCAGCUUCAGCGAGUGCAAGUUCAGCCUGUCGCUCACAGAUCUGUUCAUCAUCAUCUUCUCCGGUGUGGCUGUCUCCAUUGCCGCCAUCAUCUCCAGCUUCUUCCUGGCCACCGUGGUGCAGUGCUUCCAGAGAUGUGCCCCCAACAAGGACGCGGAGGACGAGGAUGAGGACGAGGAUGACUGAGCCACUUCUUUCCACUCCUCACUUUCCUGCACCCAGCCAGUGGCACCUCCUUAAGAGAGGGAAAUGCCGAAAACAGAAGCCUCAGCCCAGCAGGGAACAGGACAGAGCCCGCUCUGGGUCUGGGCACACCUGCUGGAACCGCCAAUCUCAGGGUUCAGAAUCAGCAGAGCAGAGGAACCAGGAGAAAGGAGGGAAUCACUUCUGAGCACAGCCCACCUAGGUGUGGGUGGAGAUGACCGAGUUGGGCUUCCCAGCUGCCAGGUAAAACCCUCCCAAAGAGAAGGAAUGACCUGCAGCUUCUGACCGCCAAGAUGUUUGCGCCAUUCUUGCUCUGACCUGCACCGGGAGACCAUGAACCACCUCCUUCCCUCCAAGAGACAGCAGCUUCCUGCAUGGAGAUUCAAGUUCAGAUCAUUCUCCAUGA